AGAGGGAACGAGCGGACGCAAAGAUGUCUUGAAGAUGUCUCUUCUGUCCGUCCUGUGGAUGAAGAGAUGGUGUAUUGAUAUAAGCUGAAGCGGAAAGAAGAGAUGGAAUAUUCUGGAGCCUGACAGCAAGCAAAGAUGUACUCAAUCAGAAGCAUGCCCACAAUCACUCAUCGGGACUUCAGGGAGGAAGACGGUGUGGAAGACAUGACUCAGUUAGAUGAGAUGCAUGAGGGAGCUGUUUUGCUGAAUUUAAGGAGAAGGUUUGACAGACAGCUUAUUUACACAUACAUAGGUAGCAUACUGGUGUCUGUGAAUCCCUACAAGAUGUACAACAUUUAUGGAACUGACGUUGUGCUGCUGUACAAGGGUCGUGCUCUGGGAGAACACCCUCCGCAUUUGUUUGCCAUAGCAAAUGCUGCUUACUCCAAAAUGAUGGAUGCCAAAGAAAACCAGGUCAUAAUAAUCAGUGGGGAGAGUGGGUCUGGAAAAACGGAGGCUACCAAACUUGUGCUUCGCUACCUGGCUGCAAUAGAUCACAAUUCAAAUCCUGUGCAACAGAUUGAGAUCCUUGAGGCGGCGCCUCUGCUGGAAUCCUUUGGAAAUGCCAAAACUGUGCGAAACAAUAAUUCUAGCCGCUUUGGGAAAUACAUAGAGGUCUACCUGGAGGAUGGUAUAAUCACUGGUGCCAUAACCUCUCAGUAUCUGCUGGAAAAGUCCCGCAUUGUCUUUCAGGCCAAAGAUGAGAGGAACUAUCACAUCUUCUAUGAGAUGCUGGCAGGUCUUCCUUCUCAGCAGAAACAGGCUUUCUACCUGCAAGAUGCUGAAACCUACUAUUACCUCAACCAGGGAGGGGACUAUUUGAUAAGAGGAAAGAGUGAUGCAGACGAUUUCCGACGUCUGCUCUCUGCCAUGGAAAUCCUUCACUUCACCCCCGAGGACCAGUCGGCCAUCUUUAGAGUCCUCGCGUCCAUACUGCACCUGGGCAAUGUUUACUUUCAGAAACAUGAGGCUGAUGGCCAGGAGGUGGCGUCAGUGGUGAGCGCGCAGGAGAUCAGGGUGGUGGCAGAACUGCUGCAGAUCUCACCAGAAGGACUACAGAAAGCCAUUACGUACAAAGUCACGGAGACAAUGAGGGACAAAAUCUACAGCCCUUUGAGUGUGGAAAAUGCUGUUGAUGCCAGAGAUGCUGUUGCCAAGAUUCUGUACUCGCUUAUCUUCCAUUGGUUAACCGAGAGGAUCAACGCUCAGGUGUACCCUCGCCAACACAGCCUCUCCAUCUCUGUUCUGGACAUUUAUGGAUUUGAGGAUCUGGCCUUCAACAGCUUCGAGCAGCUCUGCAUUAAUUAUGCAAACGAAUACCUGCAAUUCUUCUUCAACAGGAUCGUGUUCAGGGAGGAACUGGAGGAGUACAGCAGAGAGCAGAUCCCAUGGCAGGACAUCACAUUUAACGACAACCAGCCCUGCAUCGACAUCAUCGCCGCUAAGCCUCAUGGGAUACUGAGGGUUCUGGACGACCAGAGCUGUUUCCCUCAGGCGACAGACCACACUUUCCUGCAAAAGUGUCACUAUCACCAUGGCCACAAUCCACUGUAUGUGAAGCCAAAGAUGCCGCUCCCAGAGUUCACCAUCAAACACUUUGCUGGUCGGGUCACCUACCAGGUUUAUAAGUUCCUUGAUAAGAACUACGAUCAGGUUCGGCAGGAAGUGUUGGACCUGUUCAUUCAGAGCAGAAACAAGAUGGUGUCAAACCUGUUCUUGGCUCACGCAGACGCCAUGGCUCAGCAGAGAGGAGGAGGAGGCCACAUGAGGAAGAGCAGCUCAGUCACCAGGAAGUACCAGCCGCCCACCGUCAGCAGCAAGUUCCAGCAAUCGCUGCUGGAGCUCGUGGAAAAGAUGGAGAGGUGCAACCCUUUUUUUGUUCGCUGCAUUAAACCAAAUAACAUGAAGCGGCCAGCCGUGUUUGAGGACGAGCUGGUCAGCAGCCAGCUGCGACACUCCGGGGUCCUGGAGACCAUCAGGAUCCGCAGAGAGGGCUAUCCGGUCAGAAUGCCAUUCUACGUCUUUCUCUUCAGGUAUAAAUCUCUGGUUGGACUUAAACAGCCACCUCCAGCAAACGGAGAAAACUGUGUGAUCAUGCUGAGCAAGCUGUGUCCCCUCCGACCCGGGGCCUUCCACAUUGGGGUCACGAAGCUGUUUCUGAAGGAGGACGUCUACCAGCUGUUGGAGUGCAAACGAGAGCGAUGCCGAGAGCUCGCCGCGCUCACUCUGCAGCGCUACGCCCGCAUGUUCUUCGUCAGGAAGCGAUUUGUCGAAUUUCGCAACAAGAUCAUCGGGUUUCAGGCGCACAGCCGGGGCUUCCUUCUCAGGAAGCGCUACGUGAAAAUGAGGGAGAGUCUGGUCCGGUUCCGCUCUUAUGUGCGAAUGUAUGUCAACCGCAAACAAUACAUAAAGAUGAAGUUUGAAGCCAAGAGGAAAGUUGAAGAAGAGAGGAGGAAGAGAGAGAUGGAGCUGACGAAGCGCGAAGUGGUGAAUGUAACCCAUCUUGUGAUUCCUGCAGAACUUGGCGCUCUCCUGCAGACGGCAGCAGUCAGGAGGGAGCUGCACGCAGACUGCUUGGCCUUGCUGCAGGCUCCUCACAUCCAGGAAGAAGCUCAGCUCACUUUGCCUCUGGACAUCAACAACCAUCCUUUUUACCGCUACGUACAGGUCCACUUCAGGGAGCCAAAAUUUGGGAUGCUAAUGGUUCCUCUGGAGUUACCUCUAACCAAAGUGGAGGACGACCUCAAGAGAGAGGCUCUGGAGCUUUUCAACAUGGUUUUGCGGUUUAUGGGGGACCCUCACCUGAACGGGGCUCAGGAAAACCUGUUUGGGAAUUAUGUCAUCCAAAGGGGGCUGACGUCCCCGGGUUUACGAGACGAGAUCCUGGCUCAGGUCGUCAAUCAGGUGUGGAGAAACACGAACCUCGAAAACGCGGAGAGGGGCUGGCUGCUGCUGCUGGCGUUUGCUUCCAGCUUCGCCCCUUCGCCCAAGAUGGAGAAACAUCUGCUGAAGUUUGUGUCAGAUCAUGCCCCUGCUGGUUGCCAGGCGCUACUGCAGCACAGACUCAUCCAAGCCAAUCAGAAGAUGCAGCAAAGCCUCGGCUCCUUCCCCGAAGCUGCGCGGACCUAUCCGCUGUCUCUGCUGGAGUGGACAGCCAAUAGGAAGAAGGCAAACAUGGUGCUGCAGGUGCACUGCUUUGAUGGAGGAUCCUUCCUGUGUCCCGUUCAUUCUUGGACCAGCGGGGAGGAUUUAGCGGGACAUAUCCUGCGUCACAGAGGAGUGUCCGACUGGUGGAGGGGGAGUUCGGUUCUGAUGAAGGAGCAGAGCCAGUGGGUGGAGUUAGCUGGCCAUGACUAUGUGCUGGACCUGAUAGCGGACCUGGAGCUUCCUGUGGACUUUCCCAAGCAGAAGAGUUACUUUAUCAUCAGCACUGAUAACCCAGCUAGAGUCAGAGCUAAUACCAGCCUCACCUUGUUGGGCAGCGGCUUUGACUCAGACGAGGAGCUUCCAUCUUCCUUUCCUCUCAGCAGCAGCGGCAGCAGACCGGCCUACAGCCUGCCUGACUCUGAUGGUUACUACAGUCACGCAGAGUCAGACACGUUCAGCGACGGCCAGACUCAGAGAGGAAUGGACCGCUACCUGGACAGCCUGUUUGACCCGGUUCUAUCAGACGAUGGCGUGAACAUGGAAAAGGCCGCCUUGUCUACCAGAAUGAAGGGAGGAGGAGGCGUGGGCGUCGCAGGGGAAGGCCGUGGAGAGGGGCAAGCGACUCCCACCCGGCCUUAUCCGCCGGGGAUUCGUCCUGGAGGAUCGGAGCAGGUGGUGCUGACGCAGCAGCAACAAGCCAUCAUCAACCAGCAAGCUAUCAUUCUGGCGCAGCAGAUGACCAUGCAGGCCAUGGCGAUCCAGCAGCAGAUGUUGUCGUCCUUCCCUCCUGUUGCUCCAGCCCCCAAGACGCCACCACCGCACCACCACGCAAACCCGCCGCAGCGCUCACACACACCGAGCCCGUCCAAAGAGAGCAGCGAGUCGCACAAGUCCAGUCCUGCUGCCGUCCAGCGGAAAACAAGUACGACACGUGGGCCGCCUCCUGAGGAUGUCGUCCGGUCCAGUGUGAGCAACACGGAGCGUAUCGACCCGAGCCACGACAUCAAAGACAUAAUCAAGCAGCACCAGCCUGCAGGCACAACAUCCUCAGCUGGGUCUCCAACUCAAAGAAAAAGUGACGGGAAGAAGUUUGCCAAGAAACCUGACCCCCAUGAUGAAGCUAUGGAGAUCCUGAAAGAUCAAAUGGCAAAUCCCCCGCAACCGUCACAAAAGAAGCCUCCGCCCUCCCAACCUAAGGAAGAGGAAAAAGUAAAAGCUGUCAAGGUUGCCAAGCCUCAACCUGCAGAGUCUGCAGCCAGCUCCAUCAUGAUCCCGUCCCAUCCUCCAGUCUCUAGAGAUUUACCAGUGGAAGAGGAGAAUAUUCAGACUCAACUCCAUAGCAGAACCAGUGAUGAAUAUUACACCUACUCUAAUGUCCCCUGGAAACUCUUCAUGAGGAAGGAGGUUUUCUACCCCAAAGAGAACUUGAAUAACCCUCUGAUCCUGGACCUAAUUUUCAGACAGAUCGUACACGAUACCUUUUCCGAAGCCUGCGUCCGCAUCACUCAGGAAGAGAGACAGAAGAUGAAAGACCUUUUCGCAGAGGACAAAGUGGAUCAGGCUUCAGGAACGCAUGACGAAAGCGUGAAGAAAAAAGUGGUGGCCAUGGCCAAAGACUCUUGGGAGAUCUACUUCUCCCGCCUCUUCCCCGCCUCUGGCAGCGUGGGAACAGGAGUGCAGGUCUUGUCCGUGUCGCAUAAAGGCAUCAAGCUGCUGAAGCUGGUGAAGAGCGGCUCGACCGCUUCAGACUACUUCAGGGUGUUGAGGCCUUACAGCUACUCGGACAUCCUGUUUGUGUCUAUCCCGUCGAAGAACAUGCUGGAGUUCAACUUGACCAAUGAGAAACUGAUUCUGUUCUCUGCCAAAGCGCCGCAGGUCAAACAUAUGAUCGACUACUUCCUCACGGAGCUCAAGAAGGACUCAGAGUACAUGGUGGCGGUGAGGAAUUACAUCACUGAGAACAGGAAUCACCUCAGCUUCCAUAAAGGAGACAUCAUCCGGCUGCAGCACAUGGAUGGGCUGGAAUCUGGAAAACAAUAUGGCUGCAUUGUGAGGAAAACUGUCAUGCUUCUGGAGGAGCUGAAGAGGGACACACCAGAGUUUGGUUGGCGUUUCGGGGCUGUUUUUGGAAGGUCCGGUGUGUUUCCCAGCGAUUACGUCCAUCCUGUAGCUGCUCCUGACUUCCUGUUUCUGCCAGCGGAGCGUGCGGAGCCCCGCGACAGGCAUGGACGGGUUGCCGCAUCAGCUGCCGUUGCUGUGGCGAUGGGCUCGGCUGUAGCCGCCCAUGAGCUCGAGCUCUCCACAGAGGUCGUGAACGAGAUGUAUGGGGACAGCUGGAGUGUGGAAAUGGAUGAUCUGCCUCUGCACAGCAAUCAGUAUUUAAUGACUGAGUUUGCCAAGAAGUACUUCAGAGAAGCCCAGAGGAGCAGGAGUGAUCAGAAAGCCAAAAAAGGGAAGGAGGCCAGAGAUCCUGCUGAUAUGGUCAAAUUCUCCAAGUCUCCAAUCCAUGAGUCUCUGAUUGACUUCUCUGACAGCGGGAUGAACAGAGUGGCUGCUGAUAUCUCUAUAGCUAUUAUGAAGUUUAUGGGAGAUUUUCCAAUGAAAGGCCAGACUGAGCAGGACCUGGUGGCUACUACUCUAAAGUUAAGUAGCGACCACGGUCUGACAAAGGAUGAAGCCUACUGCCAAGUGAUGAAGCAGGUCACUAACAACACCAGUUCCAAACAGGAUAGUUGCCAGAGAGGAUGGAGGCUGCUGUACAUCCUAACAGCUUUUCAUCGCUGCUCCGACGUCAUGAAGCCGUUUCUGCUGAGGUUCCUGCAGGAUGCCUGCGACAGCCCUGGGAUGCCAUACCAAGGUAUCGCCAAGGCUUGUCAGGAGAAUCUGAAGAGGACAUUCCAAUAUGGAGGACGCAUUCAGUAUCCUAACAGUAUGGAGAUCAAGGCAAUACUGGCUGGGCGCAGCUCAAAGAGACAACUUUUCCUGCUUCCGGGUGGGAUUGAAAGGCACUUGAAAAUCAAAACAUGCUCUGUCGCGUUGGAUGCGAUUGAGGAGCUCUGCUCAGAAAUGGGACUACAAAGACUGGAGGCGUUGGAUGAAUAUGCGGUCUUUCUGGUAACACAUAGAGGUCAGAAUGUGCGUCCCCUGAACAAGCGUGAGUACAUCCUGGACAUCGCCACAGAGGCCGAGCCAGUGGAUGCCAACUACAGUCUGUGGUUUAGAAGGGUCGUAUGGAGUCUGGCUCUUAAACUUGACAACGAGCUUUAUGUCACCAUGCACUACAACCAGGUCUUACCAGACUACCUGAAGGCUUUGCUGGGUGUAGUUCCUCAAGGUAAGCCCAGUGACCAGCAUAUGCAACAAAUUGCCAGGCUGGGCUCUCUACAGCAUCGUGCCAAGGACGCCAUCUACCUGCCCACGCUCCGCGAGGUGCAGGAAUGCGUCCCCUCACAGUUCUACAGCAAACAGGGUUCCCAACAAUGGCUGAACAUGGUAACGCAGCACAUGCAGUACGUCCAGCCUUUAAACCCGCACCAGGCCCGCGCACAGUUCCUUGGUCUGGUCAGUGCCUUCCCCAUGUUUGGCUCCUCUUUCUUCUACAUACAGAGUUUGAGCUCUUCAUCUAUCCAGGCGCCCUGCAUCCUGGCUGUGAACCUGAACGGACUGCACUUUCUUAACAAGGACACCCACGAUGCCAUGGUACGUUUCCCGCUGAAGGAGGUACAGUCGACCCGCACCCAGAGACCAACUUCAGGCUCCAGUUACCCGUACGUGGAGAUCAUGAUCGGAGACCUGCUCAACCAGCGAAUCACGCAGCUGCAGCUGGAGCAGGGCCUGGAGCUGUGCCGAGUCAUUGCCAUGCACAUGGAGAACAUGCUGUCAUUCAGAGAGAAGAGACUCACCUUGCCACCAAGUGAAAUCACUCUGCUAUAGCACAGAAAUUACCAUGGAUGGACACGAAAAUCCUUCUUUAGUGCCCCAUGAGGGCACUGUAUCUACCUCUAAAAUGUUUGAAUAUUUUGAUAUUUUUAUAUUCUCAUUUUAUUUGAGCUAAGAUGAAAUGUGCAUUUAUUGAAAUUAGAUGUGAGUUUGCGCUCAGCAAAAGGAAGAAGUUCCUCUUGUAGGUGUGCAACGUGUUUUCCUGGCAGUUUACCUUUCUACUAAAACAGAUAUGCAAAUUGAAUAACCUACAUGUUUAACCUUGCCUUGCAUUAGCAAAUGAUCAUGGUUUCACAUGAUGCACUGUCUUUCAUUAGACCUGAAUAUGCAUUUAAAUUCAUCCCCAUAAAUCAGAGACAAGGUGUUCUCCUUGUUUAUGUGCAGAUAGAAGCUGGAGAAUGCAACCAACUCAAUUCUUUUUCUCCUCUUUGCCAUGUAAACAAAGGCAAAUAUCUAACCAGAUAGCACUAAAUAGGACCAGAUUUUGGUGAAUAAAGUUUGAAGCCACAUUAAUAAACAGUAUGCACUGAAUAAAUUUCUUUUAGUACAAUGAAUAUUUUAUAAAAAUGUCUACAAUUAAUGUAUUUGACUAAUGCUGGACA